AUGUCGCUUGAACACCAAAAUGAGAAAGGCGGCGAGGUUGAAACUCAACAAGUCGCAGCUUUUGACGAAAGAAUUAUCAAAGACAGUGGUAUAACCUUUACUGCAGCCGAGGGCUUCAAUUCCACCGCGGUAACUUACCAAGAUGCGGCUGGUGCACCCGUGGAAACAAACUCACCACUGGGAUACUCGGUGAGCUUCUGGACGAGUUUAUGUUUAAACAUAAAUCAAAUGAUUGGAACGGGUAUAUUUUCAACACGUCGGUCCUACCUAUUACAUGUUGCUCAAGUGCUGACAACAUGGAAAGCGGCCUCAAUUCUUGAUGGCGUGGGCUCGGUUGGGUUGACCAUGGUGUAUUGGUUUAUCGGAUACCUUCUUUCAGAAAGUACACUUGCCCUUUACCUGGAAUUUGCUUCUUACUUCCCCAGUCGCUCUGGGGCCGAAGUCGUGUAUCUGGAACAGGCAUUCCCCUACCCCAAAUAUUUCUUCCCAACGAUAUUUGCGGCAAAGCAUGUGGUUUUCUCUUUCGGAAGCAGCAAUGCAGUUGUGUUGGCCGAAUAUAUCUUUGGCAUCGGUGGCUUGUCCUAUACGAAUUGGCAACUGAAGGGGGUUGCAGUGGCGGCAUACACAGUUGCGUUCAUCGCCGUGAGUGUGAACACGAAAUGGUCAAUGCGACUAGUUGUGGUGUUUGGCUUCGUGAAAGUUUUGACGUUACUCUUAAUCUCGAUCGCAGGAUUGAUCGUACUUGGUGGUCAUACCAAGGUUGAAGACCCCAAGGUGAACUGGCGCAAUCCAUGGGAAGGCACCUCAAACGCGUCCGCCUAUGGCGCGACCAACGCAAUGGUGAAACUGAUCUUUUCCUAUGCCGGCUAUACCAACGCUUUCAGCGUGGUAAAUGAGAUCAAGAACCCCGUGAAAACACUCCGGUGGAGCGCUCCACUCUCGCUCAUAGGCGUGACAAUACUCUACAUCCUAGUGAAUGUCGCGUACUUCUCUGCAGCGUCACGCGAGGAAAUCCUCGCAUCAAAACAAAUUGCCGCUGCGAUAUUUUUCGAAAAGGUGUUUGGGUCCAACCGAGUUGCGCGUGGGCUGAAUGUGCUCAUUUGCGCGGCCGCCUUUGGCAACUUGAUGGUCGUGAUGAUCAACUAUUCGCGCAUGCUUCGAGAAACUGGGAGGUAA